ACCGCGGGCAACUUCCACCACUUGACUGUUAUAUUUCCCGGGUAAAUUCACAUCGCCGCCAAAAACUCAUGCUCCAUGCUCGACCCACCAUGCUCACCAAAUUCCUCCCCCUCUCCCACUCUCUCACCUUCCCCUUUCUCUCUCCUCCCCGCCUCCUCUUCCCCAAACCCCUCUCCCUCUCUCUCAUCCCCGCCGCCGCAACCCUAGACCAAUCCUUCUCCUACGGGCCUUCCCUCCGCAAAGGCCACAGAUCCUCCCACCACCGUCCGCCUCACUUAAAAGAAGAACAGGGAGAAGGAGAAACAGAACACGACUACUCAAUCGACAGAGACUUCUUCACUCGCGCGUACGACAUCGCCGCCCUCCGCGUCCCGUCGGACCGCUGCUUCGACCUCGAAAGCCGCCUGCGUGGCCACCUCUUGAACUGGCCUCGAAUUCGCAACAUCGCUAGGGUUCCAGGCGACGAAAUGGAAGACGGGUUCAAAAAGCUCAUUAGUGAUGGAGAUGAUGAAGACGAGAGUAGUUUAGUCUCUCUUGAUCGGCGAAUCGUUGGGAAGGGUGAGGGAGACGGCGAGUUGUUGAGUCCGGUUUUGUACAGGGAUAAGCUGGCGAGGACGUUUAAUUCGCGCGGGUUUGUGAGGUUUAGGAAUUUGGCGAGGAUAUCUAGGCCGCCAAAGAAGAAGAAGAGGGGAGAGAGGGAGGGAGGGGGGAGGAGAGAGAGGGAGGGUGUGGGGAAGAGUGAGUUUUGUGUGGUGGAGGUAGUUGAGGAGGAGGGGGAGGAGGAUAUGAGUGGGUUGCUCGGGGAGGAGUUUAGGGUUACGAGGAAGUGGAGGGGUUCAACUCGGUUGUUGCUUUUGGAUGAGAAGUGUGCUGGGAAAAGGAUGGAGGAGUUGCCUGAGGCAAUUAAGGUGGUACUGAAUGAGAAUGGGAGGGAGGAGACAAUAUCGACUUUUGAGCUUGUGAGAUGCAAGCUGACUCUGUUUUAUGAUUACUGGCAGAUGAAUGAGAUUUUAGAGGCCUUGUUACCUGAAGGUGUGAUUGUUCCUUCAGCUUUUGAAACAGUUGGGCACAUUGCUCAUCUGAACUUGAGGGAUGAACAUUUUCCAUAUAAGAAGCUUAUUGCCAAGGUAGUCUUGGAUAAAACCAAGCCAAAGAUACAAACAGUUGUCAACAAGAUUGAUGCCAUUCAUAAUGACUUCAGAACCAUGCAGCUUGAAGUUUUAGCUGGAAACCGUUCCCUUGUGACUACUGUAGUUGAGAAUGGGUUGCGUUUUCACCUUGAUUUAGCAACAGUGUAUUGGAAUUCAAGGCUAGCGACUGAAAGGCAGAGGCUUCUGAAUUGCUUCACACGUGAUGACGUUGUUUGUGAUGUUUUUGCUGGGGUUGGCCCAAUAGCUAUAUCUGCAGCAAGAAAAGUGAAGCAUGUAUAUGCCAAUGAUUUAAACCCCCAUGCAGUUGAAUAUUUGGAAAGGAAUUGCGUCCACAAUAAGCUUGAGAGGAAGUUAGAUGUUUUUAACAUGGAUGGAAGGAGGUUCAUUGAUGCAGUAUUUGCGAGUCGAAAAUCUCAAUCCAUCACCCAAGUUGUUAUGAAUUUGCCAAAUGACGCUGCUGAGUAUCUAGACGUAUUCAAGGGAAUAUUUAGUACAAAGCCGAAAGAUAGAGGCAUUGCCUUACCAAAAAUCCAUGUUUAUGGAUUUUCAAAAUGCGAUGAUCCAGAAUUUGAUUUCCACGAGCGGAUAAGAAUUGCAUUAUCAGAAGUGGCGUUUGAGGUUGAAAUGAAUAGAGUCCGUCUUGUCGCUCCUGGAAAGUGGAUGUUGUGCGCAUCAUUCAUUCUCCCUGAAAGUGUCGCAUUCGCGAAAGCAACAACAAAUAUGUAAGUAAUUUGAAUUAGAAAGAUGAAACGGGUCCUAGAUUAGGUUACUUAACACUUCAACUAAUGAAAAACAUCAAAUUCUUUAGAUUUUGUUGUAGCAAUAAGGUAAAUGUAACAAUUUUGUAGCCUUAUGGUCAAUCCCAUAACUUUUGUCCCCA